AUGGCCUCUCUAAUCCAGCAAUGGCCCGCUCCGCCCCUUUUUAUGGUCUGCGCAUGCGGCCUCUGGCCCGACUACGUUGAGGUGCAGCAGUGUCAUCAUCCUGCUCAUCUCUAUCGCGAGAUACCGAACUUCUUCAUACCUGCCCUACGAAAUGCACCUGAUGACGAGGUAAUACACCAUCUUCCGCCAUGGGUCCGCCACACGAACCGAAUCAAGCCCAAUCUCAAGCUCAGCGAAGGCCAUACAUUCAUUAUCCUCGAUGUUUAUCGCACGCGUUUGCUCAACUGGGACUGGAUUCCCCUCGCCCAGGAGCUCAAGACCGUCCUCAAUGACUAUCUGAGCAACACAUACGUGGUAUCCGAUUCUUCUCCUAUUCACGACGUCUACACUUCUUGUCUACACACGCCUUCUUCUUCCUCCAAGAGCGACGCAAGAGGGAACAAAAUCGAGACAUGUGAACAUCGGUUUAUGGUCGAGAUAUCUCUCGAAGCCGCACGCACUCUUGUAGAGGAUAUCAAAGCGCGCAAAUCCAUUGUUCAGCAGCCAGACCGUCGAAGCAUCAACAGCAAUGCGUCUGGGUGGACUUAUAAGAUUAUUACCGCGGAAGACGACACUAUCAACCGAUACCCUCGCCUGAACACCUUGUCCUUUUCUCAGGCGAAUGCGCUCUCGGUUGCGAUAACAGGUGCCUCACCGUAUACCUGGAUCACAGACCGUGGCGAUGCGGCGACAGCUGCACCUGCUGCCGGGAGGAGGAAACGUGCUCGCUCUGUGACACGGGACGCAGAGUCGGAGUCUGAAGCUGCGCCUGCAGCUAAACGUGUUGCAAGGGGCCUUAGCGCCAUCCCGGAGGAUGAAGAACCGACUGGCGUGCGCAGAAGCAAGCGUUUGGUGGAACAAGCUUCCCGUAGAGGGGAGGGAAGAGCAGCCUCCCUGAAACCGACAUCCCUCUAUGCCCCAGAACAAACCAAUAAUGUGGCCCAGCAGCUUCUUUCUUUACCGCCCGUGGUUACCUCGCUUCCGUCCUCGUCGUCUGGGUCGCCCGCGUUUUCUCGUGAGAUCGACAUCGAUUCUGGCCCCUCGAAUUCCAGCUGUUCGAUGUCCCACAACAGUAUGGUUUUGCACAGCAAAUCACUCUCAUCCUUCUCCGCAGGGAUGCCCCUCUCGGCUCUUCGCCUCAGACAGCCGCCUCGCGGAAACUUUCCCACUCCAGGCGUCACUCCACUAGGACACCCUGCAGCGGGUCCCUUCCUCAACAGCUCGCCCAUGAAUACCAAUACGAACAUGCCUCAACUGAAUAUACCCCAAACCUCGAUGCAGCCUGAAUUGUCUAACCAAAUGCCGAAGAUGGAUAUGAUGUCUCCCACUAUGCAACAGCCUCCUGUCGAUAACACAUCCCGUAUUGCUAACACCGCAAUGACCGCCCCGAACUCGCUUUAUACUAAUGGACCUCAGCAAGAGCCCCAAGAACCUAUCCGGGCGGCGUCCCAGUCUGCUUCAUCAACAUCAUCUGUGGGGCCGGACGCUUCCCAUCCGGACGAGAGCGCUCGUUCCCCAACACUGGUCUCUCCACCGCCCGAAAGGGGGUUCACUCAUCCUGCGCCGACACCUGGUCCCGACAUGUGGCGAGGAGCGUCCCAUCCUGUUCCGGAAGUGCCAUACGCGCGUGGUUUUACUCAUCCUGGAAUCUCUCCUCCACCUCAUCCUGUCAUACCUGGCUUCGAGCGUGGAUUCACGCAUUCUGCGCCUAGUCCGCCGCUCCGCAUGCCCGCUGUUGCGGAGCAUGACUUUGCCAAUCCUGAACCUACCCCUCCUGCACAGUCUAUACCGUCGAUCGAACGUGAAGUGGACGCGAACCCGUCACCCUCGCCAGUGCCGACUGCACCUGUCCUCGCCCUCGUGCGGUCGCCGCCUCCUGUCCAACCAAUGAACGCGCCGGUGGUGGCUCAACCGGAAGCAGCCCUAGUCCCGUCAAGGCCGUCUUCAUCAUUCGGACCUGCUGCUCCCUCCGCGGCCCCGGCCGAGACUGCUCUUACUGUGGCAAAUCUGCCCAAUGUGGGUACAUCAACACUAUCAGCACCGCCACCUCCUGUCACACACUUUGAGUUCACUGCUUUCGCCUCCCUCUCAAUUGGAGAACCUGUAUCGAUGCGGUUCCAGACGCGAGUUGUACCUGGGCCUAUUCCUCCUCCUGCUCCGGGAGCCUGGAUAUCCACCUUUAACGCGGGUUUGUUGGAGAAUACUAACUUCGGAGUUAACCCCCUGGAUGCGAUUGGUACACCAGGCCCCACCCGUGGUACUGGCUCAGGCACGAACGCACGGGCAACUAUGCCGGAAGCUCAGCCUCAGGCUACCCAGGAGGGAAAGAAGGCAGAUCACAACCCCGGCACACCCAAUGCGGCUCCGUCAAUUCCCCCUGGUUACCACGCAUACAUACCGCCUCACACUAUAGGUGGGGCAGGUGGUAUACGGCAAUGGGCACCACAGUUCUUCCCGCAUCGUGACAUGCCGCGGGUGCCAAUGGCGCAGCAGUUUGCUAUGCGCGGCCCGGACUGGUCAUUCCGACCCGGUGCACCGAAUUACAGUUGA